UGCCCCGCUCAGUUUGCUGCUGGCUGUGCGGGGAAUGGGUCUGUGUGGGAUCUUGCUGUGCGGUGGAGGGGUCACCCUGCCCCUGCUGGUGUCCCUGGGCCUGGGGUUGUUGUUGGCGGAUGAAGUUGCAUUUAGAUGUCCCCCGUGCGGGCUGGAGCAGCUGUCGGGAUGUCCCACUCCAGCGGGCUGCAGGGAGACGGUGCGGGAACCGGGCUGCGGCUGCUGCUGGAGCUGUGCCCGGGCUCUGGGGGAGCCCUGCGGGGUCUACACCCCCCGCUGUGGGGCCGGACUCCGCUGUUACCCCCGCACCGACACCGAGUACCCGCUGCAGGACCUGGUGCAGGGGCAGGGGCUGUGCGGGAGGCGCAGGGACCUGGAGUACAACCGCUCCCGAGACAGCCACUCCGGUGGAGAGAGGCAGGAGGAGCACCUGAGCCCUGAGCUGAUUGACAAUCACCUGAAUUACCCAAACACCAGUGUGAUGGGCCGGAAGCCGGUGAGAGUGGGAUCGAAGACGACAGCAGUAAUCCGGGAACGUAACAACGCCCAGUGGCGGUCGAUGGAUCGAGGGAACAAAGGCAGUGAGGAGCCCAGGAGAACCUGGCCCCAGCUGACGACUUGCCAAGUGGAGUUGGACCAGGUCUUGGAGAGGAUUUCAUCCCUGAGGCUUCCUGAUGAACGGGGACCAUUGGAGCAUCUCUACUCACUGCACAUCCCAAACUGUGACUGGCGUGGCCUUUAUAACCUCAAACAGUGUAAGACAUCCCUGAAUGGGCAGCGGGGGGAGUGCUGGUGUGUGAACCCCCACACUGGGAAAGCCAUUCCAGGAACCCCAAGAGUCCGGGGUGAUCCAGAGUGUCAUCGGUGCUGUGCUAGUCUGGAACAGAACACUGACCCACAACCUCAAGCCGCUGCCUAAAUACUGUGGGAC